ACCGGGGACCCUGGGCGCCCGGGGCUCCGCCGCGACUUCAUCGGGUAGACCACAGAAGCUCCAGGACUCUUCCGGCACCUCCGGACAGCCCAGGAUGCUGUCGGCCACCCUCCUCCUCCUCCUCCUUCUUGGAGGCGCUCUGGCCCAUCCAGACCGAAUUAUUUUCCCAAAUCCUGCUUGUGAGGACCCCCCAGCAGUGCUCUUAGAAGUUCAGGGUACCUUACAGAGGCCCCUGGUCCGGGACAGCCGCACGUCUCCUGUCAACUGCACCUGGCUCAUCCUGGGCAGCAAGGAGCAGACUGUCACCAUCAGGUUCCAGAAGCUACACCUGGCCUGUGGCUCAGAGCACUUGACCCUACGCUCCCCUCUCCAGCCACUGAUCUCCCUGUGUGAGGCACCUCCCAGCCCUCUGCAGCUACCUGGGGGCAAUGUUACCAUCACUUACAGCUAUGCUGGGGCCAGAGCACCCAUGGGACAGGGCUUCUUGCUCUCCUACAGCCAAGAUUGGUUGAUGUGCCUGCAGGAAGAGUUCCAGUGCCUGAACCACCGCUGUGUGUCUGCUGUCCAGCGCUGUGAUGGGAUUGAUGCCUGUGGCGAUGGCUCUGAUGAAGCAGGUUGCACCUCAGACCCCUUUCCUGGCCUGACCUCAGGGCCCAUCCCCUCCCUGCCUUGCAAUCUCACCUUGGAGGACUUCUAUGGGGUCUUCUCCUCCCCUGGAUAUACACACCUUGCCUCAGUCUCCCACCCCCAGUCCUGCCAUUGGCUGCUGGACCCCCAUGAUGGCCGGCGGCUGGCCGUGCGCUUCACAGCCCUGGACUUGGGCUUUGGAGAUGCAGUGCAUGUGUAUGAUGGCCCUGGGCCCCCUGAGAGCUCCCGACUACUGCGUAGUCUCACCCACUUCAGCAAUGGCAAGGCUGUCACUGUGGAGACACUGUCUGGCCAGGCUGUUGUAUCCUACCACACAGUCGCUUGGAGCAGUGGUCGUGGCUUCAAUGCCACCUACCAUGUGCGGGGCUACUGCUUGCCUUGGGACAGACCCUGCGGCUUAGGCUCUGGCCUGGGGGCUGGCGAAGGCCUAGGUGAGCGCUGCUAUAGUGAGGCACAGCGCUGUGAUGGCUCAUGGGACUGUGCUGAUGGCACAGAUGAGGAGGACUGCCCAGGCUGCCCACCUGGACACUUCCCCUGUGGGGCUGCUGGCACCUCUGGUGCCACAGCCUGCUACCUGCCUGCUGACCGCUGCAACUACCAGACUUUCUGUGCUGACGGAGCAGACGAGAGACGCUGUCGGCAUUGCCAGCCUGGCAAUUUCCGAUGCCGGGACGAGAAGUGCGUGUAUGAGACGUGGGUGUGCGAUGGGCAGCCAGACUGUGCUGACGGCAGUGAUGAGUGGGACUGCUCCUAUGCUCUGCCCCGCAAGGUCAUCACAGCUGCGGUCAUUGGCAGUCUAGUGUGUGGCCUGCUCCUGGUCAUCGCCCUGGGCUGCACCUGCAAGCUCUAUGCCAUUCGCACCCAGGAGUACAGCAUCUUCGCCCCCCUCUCCCGGAUGGAGGCCGAGAUUGUACAGCAGCAGGCACCCCCUUCCUAUGGGCAGCUCAUUGCCCAGGGUGCCAUCCCACCUGUAGAAGACUUUCCUACAGAGAAUCCUAAUGAUAACUCAGUGCUGGGCAACCUGCGUUCUCUGCUACAGAUCUUACGCCAGGAUAUGACUCCAGGAGGUGCCUCAGGUGCCCGCCGUCGCCAGCGGGGCCGCUUGAUGCGCCGCCUGUGAGCAAGAGCCUGGUGAAGUAGCAGAGAGGGGUAUGGGUCCAUGUGCAGUUCUGGGACCCUGGCACCUUGGCUCAGGGAAGAACCAAGCUCCUUUCACUGCAGACCCUCUCCAGAGACUGGGGAGUGGGCUCCAGAGAACCUGGUUCUUGCUUACUGUUCUCCCUUUGGGCCCUCCUUCCUAAGUACAAACAGUCCUGGGUCCACUCAACGUCAGGCCCAGUGUAAAUAAUCAAGCACUGAUUCUCCCUCCCCUGCCUCUCCAUAGCCUGGUCUUUGCCCUCUCCUUUGCUCUUCUCUUCCCCAUAGCCACCUCAAUUACCUGCAGCCUGAUAAUCUUCAUCCCUUUAUCCAGACCUUUUCUCUCCUAGUGGUAUUGCAAACUGAAAGUGGACAAAGACUUCAGGUAAAACUGCUCCUUGUGGUGGAAUGCUUCUGAAUGCUGGAAGGAGGACUUAGGGCAGAGUUCAUUAGGGAGGCCUGUGCUUAUAGAUCAGUGGGCCUGAAAGAAGUUUCUUUAGUUUCUAGGUGUAUGCUGUACAGGGUGUAGGCAGUAAUAAUACUCAUGUCAGCCAUAGUGAAGCCCCAAGGUAGCUGGGAUAGGGGACUGACCUUAUACAGGCAGCAUGGGAAAACUAAGACAGAGGGUUCUGCCCAAGUGAUGGCACUGGGGAGCAGUCACUCAGGUUUAUUUCCACCAGGGCCCAAGACAAAAAGCAAUGAGGCAACUUAAAAUUCGUCAAGAUAGAUACCAAUAUCCAAGGUGCUUGGUCUUACGAGUGUGGGACCCACAUCAAGGCUCUUGGUGGGAAGGCAGGAGGCAUUUUCAGCAUGAGAUAGGAAUCAGGCUGUGAAUCAGAGUCUAGAAUCUAAGAUAAAAGACGAUACCAGGGCUGGGAGCAGUGGCUCACACACGCCUGUAAUCCUAGCACUUUGGGAGGCCAAGGCUUGAUUGCCUGAGCUCAUGAGUUCAAGACCAGCUUGGGCAACAUGGUGAAACCCUGUAUCUACUAAAAUACAAAAAAUUAGCUGUGCGUGGCGGCAUGCACCUACAGUCCCAGCUACUUGGGAGGCUAAGGCAGGAGAAUUGCUGGAACCCAGAAGGCAGAGGUUGCAGUGAGCUGAGAUCGCACCACUGCACUCCAGCCUGGGCAAUAGACCGAGGCUCCCUUUC